GCACCGGGCCGGGGGCUGGGGUGGGACCCGGCGGGCGCCAUGGAGCUGCUCUCGGCGCUGAGCCUGGGCGAGCUUGCGCUCAGCUUCUCGCGGGUGCCCCUCUUCCCAGUCUUCGACCUUAGCUACUUCAUCGUCUCCAUUCUCUACCUCAAGUAUGAGCCAGGAGCCGUCGAGCUGUCCCGGCGCCACCCCAUGGCGUCCUGGCUGUGUGCCAUGCUGCAUUGCUUCGGGAGUUACAUCCUGGCUGAUCUGCUCCUCGGGGAGCCCCUGAUUGACUACUUCAGCAACAACUCCAGCAUCCUGCUGGCCUCAGCAGUCUGGUACUUGAUUUUCUUCUGCCCCCUGGACCUCUUUUACAAGUGUGUCUGCUUCCUGCCGGUGAAGCUCAUCUUCGUGGCCAUGAAGGAGGUGGUGAGAGUCCGCAAGAUCGCCGUGGGCAUCCAUCACGCGCAUCACCACUACCACCACGGGUGGUUCGUCAUGAUCGCCACUGGCUGGGUCAAAGGCUCUGGUGUCGCCCUCAUGUCCAACUUUGAGCAGCUGCUCCGAGGGGUCUGGAAGCCAGAGACCAACGAGAUUCUGCAUAUGUCCUUCCCCACCAAGGCCAGCCUGUAUGGAGCCAUCCUCUUCACCCUCCAGCAGACCCGCUGGCUCCCAGUGUCCAAAGCCACCCUCAUCUUCAUCUUCACCAUGUUCAUGGUAUCCUGUAAGGUGUUCCUGACGACCACUCACUCCCACACUUCUCCUUUUGAUGUUCUGGAAGGCUACGUCUGCCCUGUGCUCUUUGGGUCAGCCUGGGGGGCCGACCAUCACCACGACAACCACGGUGGAUCCCAGGGUGGCAGUGGGCCUGGCUCCCCACACUCAGCCCUGCCCACCAAGUCCAAGGAGGAGCUGAGUGAGGGCUCUAGGAAGAAGAAGACCAAGAAGGCAGAUUAGGGGGCAUCCUGGGGGCCUUCAGGGCACCAAGGAGAGGACCCAGAACCAGGACCUGGGCUCAGUUCUCCCCUCUCCGGCCUUUACUUCCCCAUCUACAAAUUGGAGUCGUCAGCCCACCCUCCAGGGUUGUUGUGGGGGUUAAAUGAGAUAUGGGGGUGAAGGGCAUUUGUAGGAAUGGGAGGUCCCUUUCUCUUUCUGCCAGGUCCCCAUAGAGUUACAGCUUUUGGGGGGGAGGUCACAGAAUCCCAGCAGCAGCUCCAGCCAGAAACCCUGGCAGCUAUGUUCUUGGUUCUAUUAUUUCCUCUCUAAAGUUACACUUUGACUCUGAAAGAAUUUCAAGCCAUGUUGAGGCUCAUUCAUUUUGAUGGACAUUUACUAAGUGUCUGCUGUAAGGUAGCUGCUGUGAUUUCCACCUCUCUUCUUGCCAAAUUUGCUGGGCAUCCCUGGGCAAGUUGCCUCCUGCUCUGAGCCUUGUGUGCCCCAUCUCUAUAGUGGCCCCUCACCCCGUUUCAUAUGUAAGGGUUAAUGUGAGGCUGGACAUGAACCAGCUUUCUAAGCUCAGAAGCACAGUGCAGUCAGGAGGGGUGGCCUUGGUGGAUGUUCUUCGUGCUUAAAAACGGCUUUGCAUUUUAGAUCUUUUGUGCUCGUGGAUUGGAGAACCCCACAUUACCUGGCACAAAAGAGGCCUUCAGUAGAAGUGUCUAAGCCAGACUUGAGAGCAUGGAGGGUGGGGAAGGCUUGUUCUGAUCCUUGGCUUCAGGUUGCCCCUAAACCAAAGAAAUGCAGCUGGCUGGGCAGGGGUUCCAAGAUCUGACUCUGUCCAGGGGCCCAAGCACUCACUGUUGGACCCAGGAAGCUCCAUGAGACCUCCCUCAUGCUGGCAUCCUUAGUCACCGCUCACUUAGUCAUUCAACAAACAUAUGCCUACUAUGUGCCAAACCUUUUGCUGCUGCUGGACAGGCUGGGAACUUGAUUCAGGGUGAGCGAGGGGGAUGGGAGCUGAGGGCCCCUCCUGGCCACCUUUAUCUCAGCCUAGGUCACCAGGACAUCUGAGAGGGGUGGGUGGGUUGGGCAUGGCCAGUCUCGGGUGGGGUUUGGGCCAGUUUGGGGCUGCCCUUUGCACAUGGGUGCUCAGGGCAUCAGCCUGUAGCUGUGUCAGAUCGGCAUGGGGUUGUUGGGGUCCCAGGUGUUGCCCAGCUAUUGGGAAAGUGCCUUGAUCUGGUGAUGCCUGGAAGUUAGGUGGGUCCUGAGGCUGUAGGGCCCCCAAAUCCCUCCUCUUGCAUGUCCAUCAAGGCUCAGCGUGAAGGGUCAGCAAAUAAAUUUGUUGUGAAAGAA